CCAGAACGCUCAACUCCAUACAUCCCUCAAAAUGGCUGGAAUCAACUCCGGGGACGAGAAACUCAUCUUCGAGUCGUCGGAAGCAGUCUCGGUCGUGUCGACCUUCGACGACCUCGGUCUUAAGGAGGACCUGUUGCGUGGCAUCUACGCCUAUAACUUCGAAAAGCCAUCAGCCAUUCAGCAGCGUGCAAUUCUGCCUAUCACCCAAGGACGCGAUGUCAUUGCGCAGGCUCAGUCCGGAACCGGAAAGACCGCGACAUUUUCUAUCUCCAUCCUCCAGUCGAUCGACGUGACCGUCCGCGAAACGCAGGCACUUGUCCUCAGUCCUACACGCGAGCUUGCAACGCAGAUUCAAUCCGUCGUCCUCGCUUUGGGCGAUUACAUGAACGUCCAAUGCCACGCGUGUAUCGGAGGGACGUCCAUCGGAGAGGACAUCCGGAAACUGGAGUAUGGACAGCACGUAGUAUCUGGCACGCCCGGGCGUGUGUUUGAUAUGAUCCGGCGCCGCAGUCUACGGACUCGCAACAUCAAGAUGCUGGUGCUGGAUGAGGCGGAUGAGCUUCUGAACAAGGGGUUCAAGGACCAGAUCUACGACGUUUACCGAUACCUCCCUCCCGCAACUCAGGUCGUGCUCCUGAGUGCAACGCUGCCAUACGACGUCUUGGAAAUGACGACGAAGUUCAUGACCGAUCCCGUUCGCAUCCUUGUCAAGCGUGACGAGUUGACGCUGGAGGGUAUCAAGCAGUUCUUCGUCGCCGUGGAGAAGGAGGAUUGGAAAUUUGACACACUCUGCGACCUCUACGACACAUUGACAAUCACGCAAGCAGUCAUAUUCUGCAACACAAGGCGGAAGGUUGACUGGCUGACGGAGAAGAUGCGCGCAGCCAACUUCACCGUCUCCUCAAUGCACGGCGAGAUGGUGCAGAAGGAACGCGACGCCAUCAUGGCGGAAUUCCGCAGUGGGACAUCACGCGUUCUCAUUACGACGGAUGUCUGGGCUCGCGGUAUUGACGUGCAACAAGUAUCGCUCGUCAUAAACUAUGAUCUCCCUGCAAACCGCGAAAACUACAUUCACCGUAUUGGUCGCUCUGGUCGGUUCGGCAGGAAGGGUGUUGCCAUCAAUUUCGUCACAGUGGACGAUGUCCGCAUCUUGCGUGACAUUGAACAAUACUAUGGUACACAGAUAGACGAAAUGCCGGUGAAUGCUGCGGAGCUCAUCUAAGAGCUCGUCGUUACCUUGUGCUGUAGUUAUAUGUUCUGCUAGGGCUUCCUUCUACGAACGCUGUUUUCUGAGUCUGGCAUCAUUAUUGUAUUGUACUUGCGCUGCAGGAUGGAGUGACAGUCUUCCGCUGCUUGUCUUGUUGGAGACGCCCGAGUAGGUGUGACGGUGGCCACGUGAGGGACGUCACAGAUGAGUG